AUGCCCUACCACGACUGGAAGGACGCCGUCAACUGCAAGUCCCUCGGAUCGUGGAACCUCCACUCAGUCCUCCCUCGCGGGAUGGACUUCUUCAUUCUCCUGUCCUCGGCGUCCGGUCUAGCCGGAAUAAAAGGACAAGCGAACUAUGACGCGGGGAACACGUACGAAGACGCACUAGCCCGCUACCGGGUCAGCCAAGGUGAAAAGGCCACUGCGCUAGACCUCGGCGCGAUGGUUGAUGACGGGAUCCUGGCAGAAGAUCCUAGCUUGCUGCGUCGCGUUCUCGCGUACGGCACCCUUGAGCCGAUUACGCGGGCUAAGUUCUACGGCAUUUUGGACUAUUGUUGUGAUCCGGCAAGGGAGUCGGUAACUCCUCGUGAGGCGCAGAUUGCGUUUGGUCUGGGGACGGAUCGUGGUGAUGGGCUGGAGAGCAUUGAUUAUCAGAGGCAGCCUAUGCUGCAGCAGCUUAUGCUAGCUGGGAAUCGGCAACAGGUCGGAGCCGGUGCUGGUGUUGGUUCCGGGGGCGCUCAGCAUGCUAUCAGUGAUCGAGAGCAAAUAGCGGCGUCAGCGUCCCUGGAGGAAGCGGCGCAAAUUGCUGCCGAGGCGAUUAUCAAGAAGCUGGCGAAGUCUCUGAUCACGAUGCAAGAUGGCUCGUCGGUUGAGCGUGAUCGACCAUUCUCGGUGCUAGGGGUGGACUCCCUUCUGGGCAUUGAGUUGCGGAAUUGGAUUGUAAAGCAGUUUAAGGUCGAUCUCGCUGUUUUUGAGACUCAAGGGGCCGCCACGCUGGAGACAUUGAGUCUCUUGGUUGCGCAGCGUUGCACUAAAGGAAGGGGGGGGGUGGGUAGCUAG